AGCAGCCACCGCAGCAGCACCCAAUGCAGCAACAGCAGCACCCAAUGCAGCCAUUGCAGCAGCAGCAGCAGCAACCAACAUCGUCGCAGCCCGUCCAGACUGGCUUUGCUCCCCGGCGUCAGUAUGACACAUCGGCCAGCUCGACAGCUGGGAGUUUGACAAAUGGCAAUGUCGACAGAUCCAACGCAAGGACCCAACGGCCGAGCAAAGUGAAGAAGGAGAGUUCGACAACAGGACAGUCGCCUCAGCCGCUGCAGCCACAGCAGCAGAUCCAGAUGCAGAUGACCGAAAUAGACGCGUCAUCGUCGACCGACGAUGCCAUGACAUUUGUCAGCGAAACCGAUGCCAAUGGACUGGCCAUGAAGACGCCCGUUAGCAUACUACAGGAGAUCCUCAGUCGCCGUGGCAUCACGCCCGGCUACGAGCUGGUCCAAAUCGAGGGGGCCAUACACGAGCCAACGUUUCGCUUUCGCGUGUCAUUCAAGGACAAGGACACGCCCUUUACGGCCAUGGGAGCCGGACGCUCAAAAAAGGAGGCCAAGCAUGCCGCGGCUCGUGCUCUGAUUGACAAACUAAUGGGAGCCCAGCUGACGGAGGCUGCUAGCAGUAGCACCGCCACAUCUGUGGCUGACGCCACGGCCGCUGGAAGUGGCGGAGAUUGCAAUGUAGCAGUUGGCGACGUUAGCGACAAGAUUGUGGGCAAUCCCAUUGGUUUGCUGCAGGAGUUGUGUAUGCAGCGCCGGUGGCCGCCGCCAUCGUAUUUGACUGAAACCGAAAUGGGUUUGCCCCAUGAGCGGCUCUUUACCAUCGCUUGCACAAUACUGCAACACCGUGAGAUUGGCAAGGGCAAGAGCAAGAAGAUAGCCAAACGUUUGGCCGCUCACAAAAUGUGGAGUCGCCUGCAGGACACGCCCAUCGAUGCAGAAAAGAUACCAGACGUCUGCAACGAGCUUGAGGGCGAUUCUCGCAUUAAUGAUAAUUAUUAUGGUGAUUUGAAAGAUAUCACUGUGCCGACGCUGACCACGCAGCACAGUAACAAAGUGUCACAGUUCCACAAGACCCUCAAAAAUGCGACGGGCAAAAAACUGCUUAAACUACAGAAGACAUGCCUGAAGAACGCCACAGUCGAUCAUCCCAAGCUUCUGACCGAUAUUGCAGCCGAGAACCAGUUCGAGGUCACCUACGUGGACAUCGAGGAGAAGACCUUCACGGGCCAAUUCCAGUGCUUGGUGCAGCUGUCCACGCUGCCCGUUGGCGUCUGCCACGGCACUGGGCCCACGUCUAAGGAUGCACAACGGCAUGCCGCCCAAAAUGCGCUCGAGUAUCUGAAGAUAAUGACCAAAAAGUAAAGACCAUAGCAAAAUCUAAACGCACAACACGCUACUACAUAUGGAGGAUAUGGAUAGACGCCAACUCCCAAAGCAAUCAUUGAGCAGGAGCUCGUUUUAUCUAUCAUUUUUCGUUCCUUAUUUCUAACUUUGAUUUGACAGUUAUAUUGUAGUAUGUACCUUGGAUAAGGUUUUCUUUUCUUCUAUUUUUAAACCAAUGAAUUGAAAAAAUUGAAAUUAACAACAACGUUAACUACAAUAAACAUACAGAAACUGA